GAAGGCAGCUCGCAGCAUCGAUCGUGGCUCCUUUAAGAAAAACUAAGCCAGAAUUAUCACCCCACCUCCUCUUGAUCUCAUUUAGAGGCUAUUGCAUAAAAAAUCAACCCAGGAGCUGAGAGUGAUCAAAGAAACCAGAGAGCUUCAUUUUUGUGUGCAUUUGAGUAUUAACGUUAGGUGUGCUAACCAGUGGAAGCGCGCGGAGGAUCAUCAUUCAUCCAAUACUUUGACAACCUCGCGUUUGAUUGACAGCUGGAGUGGCAAAAAGCCAUGAGACUCGCUAGAUUUGUUUGAGGGGUAUUUUCAUACUGGUUUGGAAAAGAAGAUUCGUUUGCACACUGUCACUGUCCUGGGGAAAGCCAAGGACGUAUUUGCCGUUCUCUUGCUGAACUUGUACUGCAGGACUGGCUCCAGCGUUCACUUAAGACAGGGCAUACGGAUUUUUUUCUGAGAAAAAAAUCUCGCAUUUGGAGUUUGCGUGUUUAUGUCCUCUUCACCCUGGCCUCAUAGGGGAUAUAUUUUAAGUUAAAGGAAGACGAGGGGAGUGUGGAGGGAGAUGGCGCAGAGGUACGAAGAUUUACCCCACUAUGGAAUGGACGGAGUAGGAAUCCCGACAACGAUGUACGGCGAUCCACACGCGGCCAGAUCCAUGCAAGCAGUCCACCUGAAUCACGGUCCCCAGCUCCACCCGCACCAGUACCCGCACACAGCCCACACCAACGCCAUGCCUCCAAGUAUGGGUUCUUCGGUCAACGACGCUCUAAAAAGAGAUAAAGACGCCAUUUAUGGACACCCCCUGUUCCCACUCCUUGCACUGAUUUUUGAGAAAUGUGAAUUAGCCACUUGCACACCCAGAGAACCCGGUGUGGCGGGAGGUGAUGUCUGUUCAUCAGAAUCUUUCAAUGAAGAUAUAGCAGUGUUUGCGAAGCAGAUUCGGGCAGAAAAGCCGUUGUUUUCAUCGAAUCCAGAGCUGGAUAAUCUGAUGAUUCAAGCCAUUCAAGUUUUACGGUUUCAUCUUCUAGAGCUGGAGAAGGUACAUGAACUCUGUGACAAUUUCUGUCAUCGGUACAUCAGCUGCUUGAAGGGCAAAAUGCCCAUCGACUUAGUCAUAGACGACAGAGAAGGCGGAUCAAAAUCAGACAGCGAAGAAAUCACAAGAUCUUCGGGGGCCCUUGAUCAGACCUCAUGGAACAGAGACCACGAUGACGCAGCAUCCACACGCUCCGGGGGGACACCAGGGCCAUCUAGCGGGGGUCACACGUCACACAGCGGCGACAACAGCAGCGAACAAGGUGACGGUCUGGACAACAGCGUGGCCUCCCCCAGCACAGGAGAUGACGAUGACCCAGACAAGGAGAAGAAGAGAAACAAAAAGCGUGGGAUCUUCCCCAAAGUAGCGACCAACAUCAUGAGAGCUUGGCUAUUCCAGCACUUAACGCACCCCUACCCAUCAGAAGAACAGAAGAAGCAGCUAGCACAAGACACCGGGCUUACCAUUCUACAAGUGAACAACUGGUUCAUUAAUGCGAGAAGGAGAAUAGUGCAGCCCAUGAUCGACCAGUCCAACCGAGCAGGCAUCCCCCUCCACCCUUCUCUAGUAAGUCAAGGAGCUCCAUACACCCCAGAUGGUCAGCCGAUGGGGGGGUUCGUGAUGGACGGCCAGCAGCACAUGGGAAUCAGACCACCUGGGCUGCAGGGUAUGCCGCAGGAUUACCUGCCUCACAGCAGCCCAGUGGGCAUGGGCAUGGGACAGCCGAGCUACAGUGCCCCUCACAUCCCCCCCUCCCCUGCCCAGCUGCGACACGGGCCUCCUAUGCGUUCCUACAUUCCUGGACACCCUCACCAUCCAGCAAUGUUAAUGCACGGAGGACCUGCCCACCAUGCCAUGCCCAUGUCAGCUUCCAGCCCCCCCAUACUCAACCCAGGAGACCCCAGCAUGGGCGGACAAGUCAUGGACAUCCAUGCCCGAUAAUAUAUAUUUUUUUUUUUUUAAAGAAAAAGAGGAUUCCUAAACUGAUUACAAUUGAGAGAAACUAAACUGAGAGACUUUGUUUUGUUUUGGUUUUUUUCCCCCUGGGGCUUAAAAGGGCACUCGUUUCAUAUUGGCUUUUUUGUUUUUGUUUUUUUUGUUGUUUUUUUUCAGAGACUGAAAUGCUCCAUUCUUGGCUACAGUUUUGGGGCCAAGAAAGAAGACACUUCAAUAUGCUGUGGGACACUUUAAAACAGACAGUGCCGUAUCCAUAGAAACAAACAGAGAAAUUACUAUAUCAGCUCCUUUGGGAGGAAGGUUGACAUACUGUAUACUGUUGUAAAAUUGCAUUGGACUCUCGAGAGAACUGGGAAUUAAGUAUUGUAAAUGCUAUCGUAUUGUUCUGCAUAUUAUGUUGUUUCUAAUAGAUUUUUUUAAAAAGGAUGUGAACUUUUUUUUCUUUCCACACUAUGUGUGUGCCAUCUCCAUAGACUGUUGACCUCCUCCCUCAAUCACCUUGCGUUUAAAAAAAAAAAAAAAAAAAAAAAAAAAGAUUAUGUGAAUAAAUCAGUAAUUCAUUGAACUGAUCAUUUUCCGGGCCUUUCUU